GAACAUGUCGCCGCCGCCCGAGCGCGGGGCUGAGGCCCAGGCCGGGCCCGGGGCUGGAGUUGGAGCCGGAGCCGCUGGGCCCGGGGUCGGGGUCGGGGUCGGGGUCGGGGCCCAGCAACGUUACCGCGACCUCUUCUCUCCCGCCUCGACACCAACAAGGACGGGCGCAUCGAUGUGGCGGAGUUGAGGGAAGCGCUGAGGGCCCGGGGCCUGGGGGCGGAGGCACAGGAGAAAAUACUCAGCUGUGGGGACAGUAAUGCAGACAAAGAACUGGACUUUAAAGAGUUCGCUAACUACCUCCAAGAACAUGAGAUGAAACUGCGACUGGCCUUCAAAAGCUUGGAUAAAAACAAUGAUGGCAGGAUUGACACAGUUGAAAUUGUCCAGUCGCUCAAGUCUCUGGGAAUGGACAUCAGUCCUCAGAAUGCAAAGAAGAUUCUCCACUCCAUGGAUGAAGAUGGCACCAUGACCAUUGACUGGAACGAAUGGCGUGACCACUUCACCUUCAAUCCGGCAACCAGCAUUCAGGAAAUCAUCCAGUUCUGGAAACACUCUACGGUCCUGGAUAUCGGCGAAAGUGUGACCAUCCCCGAUGAGUUCACUGAAGAGGAGAGGACGUCGGGCAUGUGGUGGAGGCAGCUACUGUCUGGGGCAGUGGCGGGAGCUGUGUCACGCACGGGUACAGCCCCCCUGGAUCGCCUCAAAGUCCUCAUGCAGGUUCAUGCUUCCAAAACCAACCAGAUGAGUAUGUUCGGCGGUUUCAAGCAGAUGUUGAAGGAGGGGGGAGCGAUUUCCCUGUGGCGGGGAAACGGGAUGAACGUGGUGAAGAUCGCCCCAGAAACAGCCAUCAAGUUCAUGGCCUAUGAACAGUAUAAGAAACUCAUCGCUCCCAAUUGUGAAAACAUCCGUACACACGAGAGGUUCAUCGCGGGAUCACUAGCUGGUGCCACAGCUCAGACCAGCAUUUACCCAAUGGAGGUCCUGAAGACCAGGAUGGCUCUGCGUAAGACAGGCCAAUACGCGGGAGUGGGGGAUUGCGUGAAGAAGAUUUGGAUGAACGAGGGGCUGAUUGCUUUCUACAAAGGCUACAUUCCAAAUAUUCUGGGCAUUAUUCCAUACGCUGGCAUCGAUCUGGCCAUUUAUGAGACGUUGAAGCAGUCCUGGCUCAACAAAUACGCCAAGGACUCCGCAAACCCAGGGAUCUUGGUCCUGCUAGCGUGUGGUACCAUCUCCAGCACCUGUGGUCAACUGGCCAGCUAUCCCCUGGCCCUGGUCCGCACCCGCAUGCAGGCACAAGCAUCGUUGGAGGGAGCAAAGCAACGCAGCAUGGUGCAAAUGUUCCAGGACAUUGUGGCCAAAGAGGGUCCCUUUGGCCUCUACCGUGGACUUGCUCCCAACUUCAUGAAGGUCAUCCCUGCUGUCAGCAUCAGCUACGUGGUGUACGAACGCAUGAGGAUGGCCUUGGGCAUGAACCCCACCUGAGACCAACGUCCACUCACCCCACAACUACAGAUCACGGACGUCCACUCCUGCUCCAGAACCACAGAUCACCAACGUCCACUCACCCCACAACUACAGAUCACGGACGUCCACUCACCCCACAACUACAGAUCACCGACGUCCAGUCACUCACUACCCCACCCCACCUCCGCACCUACUUCCCUGCUCCUCAUCCAUCAUACCCGCUGGAACCAGACCCUUCGGCCCAUUGAGUGCAUGCUGACCAUUGAUCCCCACCAACAGCAGACCCAUGCAUUGGGGUGGCACCUUGAGCCACCACAAAGAGGCGACAGACCCUCAGCCGGUCACCAUGGGAUCCAUCCAUCCUCCGUGUCCGUGCCGACAUUCAGUGGGACACGCCAAGGACCGUGUUCCCCAGACAACACGCGUGUGGUCUCUAGCCCAGCGCACAUCCGUGUUCAGCAAAUCCCAGCCCGACACGUGUGGUCGCCAGCUUGACACGUGUAGUCCACAGCCCAGCACAUGUGUGAUCCCCAGACCAGCACACACAUGUUCCCCAGCCCCCACACACGUAUUCCCCAUCCCACACAUACGUGUGAUCCACAGCCCACACACGCGUGUGUUCCCAGCCCACACACACACACACGUGUUCCCCAGUCCACACACACGUGAUCCCGUCCACACACACACGUGAUCCCGUCCACACACACACGUGAUCCCGUCCACACACACACGUGAUCCCCAGCCCACACACACGUAUGUUGCCCAGGUUUGUGUGUCAACUCUGAUUGAAGCUUUGGCUGGUGAACGGAAAGUCCACUUUGACCCCUGUGGGAUGUGUGCUAACUUGGUCCAGGAUGUCCAGGGACUGGGCACCUCAUUAUGUUGGAAUCUGGGGAAACUGGGUGGUGUGGGCGGCACGGUGGCGCAGCGGGUAGUGCUGCUGCCUCACAGUACCCGAGACCCGGCUUCCAUCCCCAUCUCCGGCACUGUGUGUCUAUGUGGAGUUUGCACGUUCUCCCUGUGACCGCGUGGGUUUCCCCCGGGUGCUCCAGUUUCCUCCCACAUAGACACACAGUGCCACAGUGUGGGUGAGGGUUAAAGGGCCCCCAGUGUGUGGGUGAGGGUUAGACUGUGGGGGGCAGUUGAUGAACUGGUGACCGAGGUCUGGACUGGACACUACGUUCUGCCUGUGGACAGGUGGCACGAGUUGGUUACAUCUUGUUCUGCAGACUGGGACAGGAGGCGGUGUGUACGCUGAGCUGGUCAGUCCCUCCGGCCGGUGAUGGUCAGUGUGGGUGUACGCUGAGCUGGUCAGUCUCCGGCUGGUGAUGGUGUGGGGGGAAACGCAAGCAGCUGUCUGCUGUCUCACUGUGUGGAUUGGAACAGAAUAUAUCCCAUAUUUUCAAUCUCUGGUAAUAACCUUUUUUUAAAUUGACUUUUAGCUUGGCUUUCCAGUAAUUCUGCAAAUGAUCAAAUAAUUCUUUGUCUCUGGUGUAAUGGGCUUUAUUCAAUGGAAGAUAUCUAUGAGAUUUGCACUCUGUGCCUUCCAGACGUUGCUUUGAGUCAGUCAGCAACUUUCCAGGUUAAAAUGGUGCUUUUAAAUGUCCAUCUGAGACAUGUUAAUGAACGAUGGCAGUAAUCUGGGCGUGUGGAUCUACAUAUAAUCAUGUAGGUUGGGUGGGUCUGUUUAUCCACUUUGCUGCUGUACUUUGUAUGUCAUUUUAUAUUGGGUUUGCAUGGAUUUUUAAUCAAUAAAUUGCGAUGGUUUAUUUACAA